AACGACAUGGGGGUAAGUGAUUAAUCAAUUUUCAUUUCGGGGUGGAGUAACCAUUUAACUUUGUUUUGCAUCUAUAUAGUUACAUUUCCAAUCUCCCUUGGCGUAAUGUUUAUUUUGUGUGUGUGUUUUUUUUUUUUUUUUUUUUUUAAUUCUCUUUCGGAAAUGUGGAAAUGUAAAAUUUGUGGAAUUGCAGUUUCUGCAAGAUCUAAAUUACUAAAACACCACAGACUGCAGCACAGGCAUUAUGGUCGUAGUCGGCGAUAUUCUUGUACAUAUUCAGACUGUCAAUGUUCAUUCAAGACAUGGAAUGCUCUACUGAUUCAUCUAAGUAGAAAUCAUGCUGCACACUCAGGAGUAAAUGACAAACGAAGGUCUACCUUCAGUUGUCAUUUGUGUGCAUGCAGUAAUCUUGCAUCAGAAAGAGAUUACUUUGUUCACAUAAAUAGUCAUUUAAAGAUAAAUGAAACUGUUCAUUGCAUGUUUUCUGGCUGCAAUUUCCAUUCAAAUGUAUAUGGAACUUUCAAGUCACAUAAAAACAGAAAACACAACCCACAUUCACGAAAUGACUUUAAGCCUGGUCUGUAGUUACCAUGUUUGAACCAUUAAGCCCAGUACACACCAAGCCGACGGUUGGCCGUCGGGCAGUUUUCUCAGUGUGUUCUGCGCCGUCGGCUGAAGUUGGUCCUCAUCGGCUUUUUUUCGGCCGAUUCUACAUGUUGAAUCGGUGUCGGAGCUCGUCGGGCAGUCGGACCAUAUGAUCAUUCUGAUUGGCUGUUCAGCUGGCGAACCAGUGUGCGAGAAAGGCGCAGUGGCGACCGUCGGCUUGGUGUGUCAAGACAACUUUGGACCCAGACGCUGCCGAUGUGAGCCGACCCCGCAGUCUGCUUUUGUCACCACUAGUUUGUCGGCGUCAGCUUGGUGUGUACCGGGCUUUAGGAGAGUCAGAAGAUGAUGUUCAAGAUUUUGGCAGUAGUGAGACCAGUGGUGCUUGUUUGGAUGAUGACUGCAAUGAAAUGGCGAACGACUUGCCUAGUGUUGUUGUUCAGAAUUUAGCAGCAAUGCUAAUAAAACUUGAACACCUUGUACAUGUUCCUUCUUUAGCCAUUGAUGAUUUUUUGGAAGAGAUGCAUUACCUAUUAAAGUCUGUGUCAGUGCCUCUCUCAGUUGCCGGAGUACAGCAGGUGUUUGAGAAACAUAAUCUUCAUGUUGAUGAAUCUGUCAUAAAGGAAAUAGUCGCUACCAUCGCAUCUAACCCAUUACACUCAGCCAUAGGCAGAGGUGGUUCUUUAUGCACUGCCUAUAAGCGCAAGCAGAUUUAUAAGGACAACUUUAGUGUUGUGGAACCUAUUGAGUACUGCCUUGAUGAACAACAGACUAACACCUUUCAGUAUGUUCCAAUUUUGAAGUCUUUGCAGCUGCUCUUUGCUAAGCAGGAAGUUGUUGACAGAGUUGUUGAAAACCAUAGAGCAAGAACUAGUCCAGCCAGUUGCAGCAGCCAUGAUUACAGGUCAUUUCAGGAUGGUUCCCACUUCAAAGAAAACAGUUUGUUGUCUGGGAAGGACUUAAUUUCAUUAAAUUUAUAUGCAGAUGAUUUCGAAGUGUGUAACCCACUUGGGACAUCCCGAAAAAAACAUAAGCUCUUUGCUGUGUACUGGAUUUUGAGCAAUUUACCCCCAGGCUCCCAUUCGUCUCUCUCCUCGAUCUAUUUGACUCUCCUGUGCAAAAGUGAGGAUUUGAAACACUAUGGGCUUGAGAAAGUUCUUGAGCCUCUUCUGCGUGACCUUUCAAUUCUUGAAAAAGAUGGCAUAUUCGUUCAUCUUCUUGGAACCUUUAUUAAAGGUACUGUUUAUUGUGUGGUGGCAGACAACCUGGCAGCUCACGGUAUGGCUGGCUUUGUUGAAAGCUUUUCAGGAGAGUUCUUUUGUCGGUUUUGUUUAGGGAAAAGUUCUGAUGUGCAGGCAAAAGAAGUUCAGUCUGGUGCAUUCAACCUCAGAAACAAAGAUCUUCAUAAAGAUCAUGUGAAAACUGGACAGGAAAAAGGCACAAGCUGUUGCGGAGUGAAAAGAGAUUGUGUUUUUACUAAGCACCUCUCUCAUUUCAACGUGUUGUCUGCUUAUCCCCCAGAUGUGCUACAUGACAUUUUUGAGGGUAUAGUGCCCGUAGAACUUGCACAGUGCUUGGCUUUGCUGAUAUCUAAGAAACACUUUACACUGGAAAGCCUCAAUAAAUCUAUUCUUCAAUUUCCCUACAAGUGGGAAGACCAGAAGAACAAGCCUCAUGCAAUUCCAUUCACAUUUUCACGUCGUAACACAAUUGGGGGAAACGCCCAUGGAAAUUGGAGUAUGAUCAGAUUUCUCCCAUUUCUGAUUGGACAUGUGGUACCUGAAGCUGAGCCCGCAUGGCAGGUGCUAAUGGACCUGAAGGAUAUUGUUGAGUUGGUGGUUUCCCCAGUCCACACAGACGAGUCCAUAUCCUACCUUGAGAUGAAAAUUUCUGAACACAGACAGAGAUACCAAGACCUUUUCCCUGAUGUCAAACUUCUUCCAAAGCAUCAUUUUUUGGAACAUUACCCUGAGAUGGUAAAAUCGUUUGGUCCUCUUGUCCAUUUAUGGACUAUGCGUUUCGAAGCAAAGCACAGCAUUUUUAAGCAGGUUGCAUGACAUACAAAUUGCUUCAAAAAUGUUCCACGCUCACUUGCUGUGAAACAUCAGCUAAUGAUUUCCUACCACCAGAAAAGUAGUCAUGAAAAAGGUACACUGGAAGUUUCGACUUCUUCAACAGUUCCUCUUGAUGUUUUGCAGACAGAGAUAGCUCAGAUGAUCAAAGACAAAUACCCAAAUGUAUCUGAGGUCCAUGUUGCUAAGAGUGUCUCUAACAAGGGUAUGAACUUCAGAAAUGGUAUGAUCCUGGCACAUGAUACUACAAGUGGCCUCCCUGACUUUGGAGAAAUUGUUCAGAUUUGUAUAGUUCAAGAGACACUGUACUUCAUACUGAGGCGACUUGUGUGGUUGGUACAGGGAACACUUCAGGGCUUUUGAGCUUAGUGUAUCACCAACAAGAGAGAUGUUCUUUGUAGAACAUGGUGAUUUAGCUGACAGCGAUCCUUUGGCUGACUACAUGGUUGGUCCUUUGUGUUUGGUGACCCUGAAAAGACAAGUACACGCAUAAAAGGUGACAUGCUGUUCCUUUAAAAAAAGGACCAUGUUGCUGUUUUCUUCAAACCAUUACUGUUGUUGCAUUUCUUUAAUUUGUAAUUUAUUAUUACACUGAUCACCCCCCAACAAUGACUGCCAAUGACUUCAUGAAUCUCAUGUCCACAUCAGAAAUCCAAGACAAAAGUACCCUGAAAGUAGUAUUGUUGACAACACUUGAUGUGACCGUGAUGGCUCACCCAUACCACAUGUGGACACAUCUCAAAAUGAAAGUGCAUGCUCCUCACCAGCUCUAUCACUCUUGUCCUGUGACACCCUUGUAUUUUCUGCUCCAUCUACUUCAGCAAACUCUGAAUCUUCUGCAAGUUUGGCUACUGUGUCGUCAUCUAGUAUAAAGUCAUCUGCAUGGCCAGCUGAAUUCACUGUGCCCCGUUUCACAUAUGAUGCUGAGCUCAAACUGGAACAAGGAAAUGCAGCCUUUAAAACGCAGGGCACUUUUCUCAGUCCUGACCCAAAGCUGAAAAUCUCCAUUUUAGAUGGACUUGCAGAAGAAAUUGUGAAAUACAAACUUUACCCUUCAGAUGCAGAAUAUGGUCAGGUGGCUGAAGCACUCAUUAAAAGGCACCCUUGCUUAAAAGAGAGAGGUUCUGUAACUGGAUACAGUGGAUGGAAAGCCAGUUUGAAAUAUAAACUUGGCAAUUAUAGAACAAAAUUGAGGAAUAUCGGCUACACAGAAGUCACAGUAAUUCAAUCAAGCAUAAGCCAGAUGGAAUAUCCAGUCCUACAUAUCGUAUAAAAAAAACACGCAAGGCUGAAGUGAACUACUGCCCUUCCCAUCCACAAGGGGAAACGGAUGAAACUCUUGAGGAAGUCAGAAAAACACUUCUGACUGAAGUAAAAAAGAAGAACAAUGAGAAGAAUGUAAGAAUGCUGAUGGACAAGAGUUUUUCCAUCAGGAGGCAUGAGGUGAUCAAGGAACCACUUAUCACAGACUUCAAAACCAGGUGGCCUGCUCUAACAGAAGAGGUUUGUACAGAAUUUGAGAGAAUUACAACAGGCCCAUUGGUGUCAAGAUUCUUUGCCAAGAUGGAUACAUACAUUGCAACGGUUAUGAGUAGCUGGGCAAAGAAUUAAAACCCUCUUGGUGCCUACUACACAGACUGAUGACAUUAAAGUGAAGAGAGAAUGCAUAAUCAAAUCCCUAUGUGUCUACCUGAAUGAAGACCCUAGCAGUCUUAUUCUGGAGUUUAUGGAUACCGACGGUGCCAGCACUCAGGAGGCGAUCCAGAAAGCUGUCAUGGGAAUCUAUGUCAUACGAUACGAAGGUGCCAACAUUGAAGACAGCCCAGCAGAUGUUGGAGUGGUGUUGGAAGGUGAAAAAGUUCUCCAGGACCUUUGCAGUGUACCAUAUGCAACAGCCAUGUUACUGAGACUGAUAUAUGGACUAAACUUAAGCUACCCUCCUGAACUCAGGUACACUUUCGAGGUAUUACAGAAAUUAUUUCUGGAGCUUGAUGGCAACAAGGAAGCUCUUCUCUGUGUUCGAGUAAGGACUCUUCCUGGAAGGUUUUAUCGGUUACCUUUUAAAUGCGAAGUUUUAGAAAAUGGUUUGCCAUUUUUGCUGUUUUUUAUAGUUUUGUAAUGUGGGUUACACUUGUUCAACUGUAUUUAUCCAUGUUCAAAAUUGUUGCAAGGUCACUAUUUCCCAUAGGUGAUCAGGGCAUCUGUAAUUUUCAAUAAAAUAUCUAUCCAUUAGACUCUACAGGAGUAAUAUCAUUGAUUCAAGAUGUCAUUUGAUAAUUGUUGUUAGCUAUCUGUUCUUUGUCUAAAUUAAAAUAUUUUUGUUCAGAUUUAUUUUUAGAGGAAGUUGUGCAAGCUGCACAUUUCUUGGAGGCUGCUUGGCAUAGUAGAAGCUACUUUUUCUGUAAAAGUUGUUUAAUAUAUUACAAUUGAUUUCUGAUCAGAACCUCAAUUAUAAUCUGCCAGCUGUCAUUUGUC